AUGAUAACAUCAAAGUAUUUUAAUGAUAUUAAAGAUUUUAUUAAUUUAGAAAUGGGUGUUAAAAGAUUUCAAGGAAAUAUGGAACGAUUUCAUUUUAAUCCAAUUCCAUUAAAUGAAUAUUCAAGAAGAUUCUUUCCUAAUAUUGAAACAUUUCAUAUUUAUAAUAAAUAUGAUGAAAUAUUUGAUGAUGGAAGAAUAUUUAAAGAAAUAAUAUGGUAUGAUAUUAGUUGUUCAAGAUAUACAAAAGAGAAAGAAACAGGAAGUAUAUGUAAACAUAUAGAAUAUACAAAAUCAGAUCGAGUUGAAUAUGGAAGAGAAUUACAAUUAGGUGCCAGUUCAAUUGGAAAUAAAUUUUUUUAUAAUGCUUAUGAAUUAACAUCAAUUGACAUACCAUCAUCAGUAAGUGAAAUGGGGUGUGGUUGUUUCUGUAGGUGUUCCUCAUUAACAUCAAUUCAACUUUCAGAAAUCAAUAAAUUAGAAUCUGAUUGCUUUAGUGGAUGUCGGUCAUUAAAAUCAAUUACUAUUCCAUCAUCAGUUAGUGAAAUAGAUAGUAGUUGUUUUUAUGGAUGUUUAUCAUUAACAUCAAUUACUAUACCAAUAACAGUCACUAAAAUAGGAGAUAAUUGUUUUAAAGAAUGCACAUCAUUAGAAUCAAUUACUUUUCCAUCAUCAGUUAGUGAAAUAAAUAAUAAUUGUUUUAACUCAUGCAAAUCACUGAUAAGUUUGAAAUUUGCAAAAACAGUUAACAAAAUAGGUGUUGAAUGUUUCUUUGGGUGUUACUCAUUGGAGUCAAUUAAUUUACCAACUUUAAUAAGUGAAAUACCAGAUGGAUGCUUUAAUGGGUGUUCAUCACUGAAACAGAUUGAACUUCCAACUUCUGUUACUAAAUUGGGUUUUAGAAGCUUUUCUGGAUGUAAAGUAUUAACUAGUAUUAAUUUAAAUCCAAGCGUUAAAGAGUUAGGCCAAUAUUGUUUUAGUGAAUGCUUUUCAUUAAACACACAUAGUAUGCAUUCUUCAGUUAUAAAAGUAGGAAAUAAUUGUUUCCAUGGAUGUAAAUCAUCAAUACUCUCAGAGUACGAAAAGUAUUGA